UUACUCCUUCCUCCUCCAAAAGAAAGCUGCAAGCUUUGGCUAUUUCCGCCUUUCCGGCCCAGAAAUCGCGCCAGGAAACUCCACAAAAACGUGCAGCGCUUUUUGGCUGGCAUCUCAAGGUUUGGUGAGGUUUUGAAGCGCAGUUCUUGUGAAUAGAAUACUGCAAGGGGUUGGAAACUUGGAUUCAGCCUGGGGGUGUGUGUUUCUCGCCGGAGAUGGAGGGGAAUUUGCCACCAAGAACCCUGAUCCCGGGAUCCCCCUUCGAUUUGGAGGCGUCGAUGCAGCACCCACACCGGCAGCCGUUCCACUUCGCCCAGCCACAGGUUCCACGGCAGGGCGUGUUCGCUGUCCCCGCCACGAAUCCGUUGCAGGAUUUGGGCAAUGUGGUGAAGACCUCCCUGAGCGACGAGGAGGACGCCGACGACUGCCACUACGACCGUGGCAAGGGGGCGGCGGCGGCGGCGGCGGCCUCCCAGUGGCACCGGGUGAAGUGGACCAGCGACAUGGUCAAGCUGCUCGUGUCGGCCGUGUCGUACAUCGACGAGGACGUCGACAUGGACCACGACACCACCAGUGGGAGGAAGAGGCACGCCAUGCUCAAGAGGAAGGGUAAGUGGAAGCUGGUCUCCUCGGCGAUGAACGAGAGGGGUUUCGCGGUGUCGCCACAGCAGUGCGAGGACAAGUUCAAUGACCUUAACAAGAGGUACAAGAGGUUGACUGAGAUUCUUGGCCGGGGAACAGCUUGUCAGAUCGUCGAGAACCCGGCCCUUCUUGAACAGGUGAGGCUGUCUGGAAAGCUCAAGGAGGAGGCUAAGAAACAUCUGAGCUCCAAGCAUCUGCACUAUGAGGAGAUGUGCUCAUACCACAACCAGAACCGGUUGUGCCUACUUGAUGAUCCGGUUCUUCAGAAGUCACUGCGUUUGGCACUGAGGAGUCGAGAUGAUCAUGGAAAGAAGAGCUCAUUUGGUUAUGAUGAUGAGGAUGAUCAGAUGCUGUUUUCUGAUGUUGACGAUGAAGACGACGAGUUCAAUGAUGAUCUAGAGGUCAGUGCUGAAGAUUGUCAUCACAGAGUUCAUGGCACCAAGAAGCUGAAGCAUGAUCAUGAGGAGACACAUUGUGGGUCUCAUCUGUCAGAAGUUGCUACCAUUGACAUGAAUAGAAUGUUAUCUGAGGGAUCUGGUGGUCCAGCUGCUGAGAAGAAUCCAAGUGGUAUGCAUUCAAUUCAAAUCGAGAAACAGCGUCUCAAGAUAAAAGCUCAGAUGCUGAAAAUUGAGCAGCGGCAUUUCAAGUGGCUGAGGUUCAGCAAGGAGAAGGACAUGGAGUUGCAGAAGAUGAGGCUGGAAAAUGAAAAGAUGGUGCUGGAAAAUGAGCGAUUGGAGCUGGAGCUGAAGCUUAAAGAAAUAGAGAUGGGUGUCAAACCAAAGAGGAUUUAGUGAUUGCAGGAUGCAAAUGGUAGAACUAGAAACUCUAGAGUUUCUGGUAAUCCUUUUGUUUUUCGCAGUAGCUUACAUAUUAGGACUUACAUAAAGUUUCAUCUCAGCUAACUGCAUAUCGGUUAAGUGAAUUGCUGUUCCUGUCGUUAAGUGUCUACAGUUAGUACUUAGUAUAGUUUGACAUCUGAAUAUGGUACUUAAUGUUAUCAUUACUUACAUUUCUUAUCUAUAUGCAACUGGUUGUGUGUUAGUGUGUUGCAA